AUGGCGGAUGUUCAUAAAGGUCUUGAUGCGACUGGAAUCAAGUUAUUUGGCAAGAUGAUUAACGUACAAGCGAUGAGAGGAUUGAAAGAAGAGCAGGUAAGUAAAUCAGAAGUUGAUGAUGAUCAAUCCCUAGCGAAUAAAAGGCCAGACAAGAUCAUACCAUGCCCUAGGUGCAAAAGCAUGGAGACUAAGUUUUGCUAUUUCAACAAUUACAAUGUUAAUCAGCCAAGACACUUUUGUAAAGGGUGUCAAAGGUACUGGACAGCUGGUGGUGCCCUUCGAAACGUGCCAGUGGGGGCUGGCCGUAGGAAGGCUAAGCCAUCAUAUGGCCAUGAUGCAAUGGAGGACAGCUUCUGUGACGUUUCAUUUUUUGAAGAUACCACAACAACAAGCGGCAUCCACUUUGAAAGGAUGAUGGAGUGGCACUUAGCAGCACAAGGCAGUUUUCAACAUCUUUUUCCGGCAAAGAGACGAAGAAACUCCACCGGUGACUUUUAA